GCGCGCGCCGGGGCGGCGGAGGCCCCCGCACGUGUCUCCAGGGCGACAGCACCGCCAUGAGGCGGCCGAACGUGCUGAUCACCGGCACUCCGGGCGUUGGGAAAACCACCCUGGGAAAGGAGCUGGCAUCCAGAGCAGGGCUGAGCUAUGUCAACGUGGGGGACCUGGCCAAGGAAGGGCAGCUGUACGAGGGCUUUGACGAGGAGUACGAUUGUCCCAUCCUGGACGAGGACAGGGUGAUCGAUGAGCUGGAGGAGAGGAUGGGCGAGGGAGGGGUGGUGGUGGAUUACCACGGCUGCGACUUCUUCCCCGAGCGCUGGUUCCACAUCGUGUUCGUGCUGCGCACGGAGAACUCCUUCCUGUACGACAGGCUGCAGAGCAGGGGCUACACAGGGAAGAAGCUGCAAGACAACAUUCAGUGUGAGAUUUUCCAGACUCUGUACGAGGAAGCUGUGUCAUCAUACAAAAAGGAAAUCGUGCACCAGUUACCCAGCAACACUCCAGAGGACCUGGAGAGAAACUUGGAUCAGAUCAUGCAAUGGAUUGAGCAGUGGAUGAAGGACAACAACUGACUCUGGGUGAAACAGUGACUGCUGGAUCUCUUCCUGGGAGGGUUCAAUAAAUGACAUUUGCAAUUUUUGUAUAAGUUACCGUGAAUUUUACUGUAAUUGGAUGUGGUUGGGGAGUAGAAAAAGGUUUAGAACAGCCAAAUUUCUGAGGGUUUGGAACAGCCUCUGAAGCCCCCUGGGAGACACACACAGGAGAACCCACACAAGUGAAUGGAAGGAUGAAAAUGGCACUGCAUUUCUCGGUAGAGGAGCUGUGUUCAAUAAUCGAGAACUCUUCCGACCUCACAAUUAAAACCCAGCCGUGAACUCACCCCAGGAGAACUGUAACAUCCUGAUAACUGGUGGCACUUUGGAUUUCUAGAGGUGCAACAGUAUCCUGAAAAGGGGUUAAUCUAAAGCUGAGUUGUGAGACUGGAAACUGUAGCCCACUGUGUCCUUGGGUGUGAGGCUGAUGCCGAACAGGGGGGUGGUUCAGGUUCAGGAGGGAAGUGAUGUGGUGAGUUACUUUAAAACGAUUCACAGAACUUUGGGAAUUCCUUCGUGGGUAAGGACACAUGGGCUGUAUCAGCACUGGUGUGGAAUGCUGAACAAUGAGGAGCAAUAAGCUUUC